AUGCUACAAUCAGACAUUGACCCAACAGCUCCCUACAUUGGGAUUGAAAGAAAGAAGAAUGGAAAUUGGACGUAUGCUGAUGGAACGCCGCUUGUCUAUAAGAAUUGGGGUCCCAAUGAGCCAAGCACGGCAAGCAACUCGAGUGUUUGUGCGAUCAUGAGCCCGGACACUGGAAAGUGGUUCUCCGCCGAAUGCACCUUCGCUCGACCGUUUCUGUGUUCGAUCGAUGGAGAUGGUAAA